AUGAAAAGUGGGCGGGGCCGGGCGGGGCCCAACUGCGGUCGUGUGCAGCCGCUCAGCGGGCCCUCUCCUCUCCUAGGAACCUCCGCGCGGCGCAGGCGUUCCCGGCCGGGCUGGUUAGCCGGGGACCCGCGGUGCGGGGCGGAAGGGGGCGGUUUUGGGCCAAGCGGCGUCGCGCUGCGGGAGGGACCUGCCGAGCUGGAGGGCGCCGGGGAGAGGAGCUCAGGCGGCCCCCGCGGCCCGAGCGAACGGGCUGCCGGGGGGCCUGCGGCGGCCGCGGCGGCGCCGGCGGAGCGCGGUGGGGAUGGGGCGCCGAGCCGGCCUGGGACCGGGGCCUCGGCCCUGUUCGCGGGGCUGCAGGACCUGGGCGUGGCCAAUGGCGAGGACCUGAAGGAGACGCUCACCAACUGCACGGAGCCGCUCAAGGCCAUCGAGCAGUUCCAGACAGAGAACGGCGUGCUGCUGCCCUCCCUGCAGUCGGCCCUGCCCUUCCUGGACCUGCACGGGACGCCGCGCCUGGAGUUCCACCAGUCCGUGUUCGACGAGCUGCGCGAGAAGCUGCUGGAGCGCGUGUCGGCCAUCGCGGCGGAGGGGAAGGCGGAGGAGAGGUACAAGAAGCUGGAAGACCUGCUGGAGAAGAGCUUUUCUCUGGUGAAGAUGCCCUCGCUGCAGCCGGUGGUGAUGUGCGUCAUGAAACACCUGCCCAAGGUCCCCGAGAAGAAGCUGAAGCUGGUCAUGGCCGACAAGGAGCUGUACCGCGCCUGCGCCGUGGAGGUGAAGCGGCAGAUCUGGCAGGACAACCAGGCGCUGUUCGGCGACGAGGUGUCCCCGCUGCUGAAGCAGUACAUCCUGGAGAAGGAGCGCGCGCUCUUCAGCGCGGAGCUGUCCGUGCUGCACAACUUCUUCAGCCCGUCCCCCCGGACGCGGCGCCAGGGCGAGGUGGUGCAGAAGCUGACACAGAUGGUGGGGAAGAACGUGAAGCUGUACGACAUGGUGCUGCAGUUCCUGCGGACGCUCUUCCUGCGCACGCGGAACGUGCACUACUGCACGCUGCGCGCCGAGCUGCUCAUGUCCCUGCACGACCUGGACGUGGGCGACAUCUGCUCGGUGGACCCGUGCCACAAGUUCACCUGGUGCCUGGACGCCUGCAUCCGGGAGCGCUUCGUGGACAGCAAGCGGGCGCGGGAGCUGCAGGGGUUUCUCGACGGAGUGAAGAAGGGUCAGGAGCAAGUCCUGGGGGACCUGUCCAUGAUCCUGUGUGACCCCUUCGCCAUCAAUACGCUGUCCCUGAGCACCGUCCGGCACCUGCAGGAGCUGGUCGGCCAGGAGACGCUGCCCAGGGACAGCCCUGAUCUGCUGCUGCUGCUCAGGCUCCUGGCGCUGGGCCAGGGGGCCUGGGACAUGAUCGACAGCCAGGUCUUCAAGGAGCCCAGGAUGGAGGUGGAGCUCAUCACCAAGUUCCUGCCCACGCUCAUGUCCUUCGUGGUGGACGACUACGCCUUCAACGUGGACCAGAAGCUCCCGGCAGAGGAGAGGGCCCCGGCCGCCUACCCGAGCGCCCUUCCCGAGAGCUUCACCAGGUUCCUGCAGGAGCAGCGCAUGGCCUGCGAGGUGGGGCUCUACUACGUGCUGCACAUCACCAAGCAGAGGAACAAGAACGCACUCCUCCGUCUGCUGCCCGGGCUCGUGGAGACCUUCAGCGACCUGGCCUUCGGCGACAUCUUCCUGCACCUGCUCACGGGGAACCUGGCACUGCUGGCCGAGGAGUUUGCCCUGGAGGACUUCUGCAGCAGCCUCUUCGACGGCUUCCUGCUCACCGCCUCCCCAAGGAAGGAGAACGUGCAGCGGCACGUGCUGCGGCUCCUCCUCCACCUGCACCACCGUGUAGCGCCCACCAGGCUGCAGGCCCUGCAGAAGGUGCUGGAACCCAGCGGCCAGAGCGGCGAAGCGGUGAAGGAGCUCUACUCACAGCUCAGCGAGAAGCUGGAGCAGCUGGACCACCGCAAGCCCAGCCCGGCCCCGGCCGCCGAGCCCCCGGCCCUGGAGCUGCCCCUCCCUGCCGUGCCCGCCCCGGCCGGCCUCUGACACCUCCCCGGGAGGCCAUGGCCUGGGAUCGUCGGGACCCGUGUCGCCUGGAGGCAGAGCGGUGCUCAUGGCGGGUGGUGGCUGCGCUGAGGCCCAGGGUGGUCCCCUGGACAGGUGCCUCCUCCACGCCUCAGCCCACCCUGACCCGACAGUCGUGUGCGUGGGCCCGGACCGUUCGGGCUGUGAGCUCUGCCUCGCGCGGGUGUGCACUGUGGGGCCUGCGGGCGCAGUCGGGGGAGCCCCCUGCUCGCCAUGGGGCCGGGCUUUGGCGUGGGGCACUGGUUAGCAGCGUUGCUGGUCAGCCUGGCCCUCUGAGGACUCCUGCGUGUUUAACAGUGGACAGGCCACUGUACUGGGACCCCAGGCAGAGGGUGCCCCUGCCCAGGCCCCACCUGCUGCCUCCGUUUACCCUGGGAAAGGUGUGCUCCUUGCGCAGGUGCACUCAGCGGGUGAGGGUCCGCGUCGUCCGCCGUGACUCGUGUGUAAAUAAAAGCGUUUUGGUAAAA